AUGCCGCAAAUACAGAUUUCCUCACCUCUGUGCUCAAUCGUGCGAGAACUAUCGCCACAAUGGAGCUGGCCUCAAUUGUGUGACAAGCUGUCUGAGAUUACAGGGGUUCUGCCUUCCGAUAUGCAAAUCAAUGUCAUCUUCAAAGAUCGAACCUCGCUCCUUAUCAAUGCGCCAUUAACUGAACAAAAGCCACUAUCAAGCCUACUCUCAAAAAAUGCUGUGGAACUUCAAGUCAAUGAUUCUAACGCUUCCUCUCUCGCCAAUGAGCUAGCCCGCGAUUUUACGGAGGGCGAACAAAGUUCAGAGCAGACAUAUCACCUCCCCGAAGAAGAUUACCAAAGAAGACAGGACUCUGUGCUUCAAUGGAAAAAGGACCUCCAGCUAGGCAAAUUUAAUCCAGAGUAUCAGGCCAGGCUCCAGAAGGACUGCGAGGAACAGCAAAGCCGCGCAGAAGAGCUCACCAUAAACGAGAGAUGCUCUGUUUCCACACCAAACCUUCCCGAGAGAAGAGGCUGGCUGAGGUUCGUGGGCUCGUUGACGCCGCUAAUGGAUGAACCUGGUAUAUGGUGUGGGGUGGAGUUCGACGAACCAGUCGGAAAGAACGACGGCUCUUUCAAAGGGCGCUAUUUUUUUGGCCCAGUGCGACCAAAAUACGGUGCCUUCGUCAAACCCUCGACUGUGAAAACCUCAGCAAAAUUUAGCCCCCUUCUAGACGAUAUUGAGUUUUCUGAUAGCGAGAUUUAG